AUGGAUCAUGUUUUUGGAGCCAGUUAUGGAGCACCAUUUGUUGGCGACUAUGAGCCUCCAAGCUGCGAUUUUGACACUGUGCGAAUCAACCUCACAGUAACCUCUCGGGGGAAGCAGUUUGACCGUCUCGCACUCCUGUAUCUGGGAGACAACGAAGUGUUCCGGACUUCAACAGCAGAGCCGACAGCAAAUGGGAUUGUUUGGACAUAUGUCAAAGAAAUGUCGCAGUAUUACUCGCUAUGGAAGAGUCCCCAGAGGUUGAUAUUUGACUUGGGAAAUAUCAUUAACGAUGUUUACACCGGCUCAUUCAAUGUGACCCUGAUGGCGCACUUCUCUGAGGAGCAAAAUGUCAAGACCGCAGAUCUAAUUCUUCCUAUCUCUGCCAGAAGGUCAACGUCAAACUCUUCAAGUGCCUUCCAACUGCCCACCGACAACACAACAGUCAUGUACGAGAUCCCUGCUGCAGCAUCGCGUGCUGUUGUGUCAAUUUCGGCAUGUGGGCAAUCAGAAGAAGAGUUUUGGUGGUCCAAUGUCUUCUCUGAAGAUACCCAAGACUUUGAAAGCACUGUCGGUGAGCUGUAUGGAUACACUCCUUUUCGUGAAGUUCAGCUUUAUAUCGAUGGGAUACUUGCCGGGCUUGUCUGGCCAUACCCCACUAUCUUUACGGGAGGCGUGGCUCCUGGAUUCUGGCGUCCGGUCGUUGGAAUUGAUGCAUUUGAUCUCCGACAGCCGGAGAUUGAUAUAUCCCCCUUUCUCCCUAUGAUUCAAGACGGGAGAAAACAUUCGUUUGAAAUCCGGGUGACUGGUCUUAAUGUCUCUGCAGACGGGGGCAUCACAUUGGCAAAUACUGUGGGCUCAUAUUGGGCUGUUGCAGGAAAUAUUUUUAUAUAUACCGAUAACGAUAGCUCAGUCCACAAAGCCACUAUCACUGGUGACAGCAGUCAGCCCACAGUGUUUGCUCCCUUGCCAGUAUUUGCUGUGACUCGAAGUCUUUUGCACAAUAAAACCGGAGGAAAUGAUUCCUUAUCAUACUCUGUGGUUGUCAAACGAGUCUUCAGCGCAACUUCUUCUCGGCACUCGUGGUCCCAGAAACUAUCCUUUUCCAAUCAUGGUCUCCUCAACCAGCAAGGAUACAGUCAAGUUAACAGACAAACUACAACUGGCACUAACACCAUCACCAAGCUCGGGGAUACACCCAUCUCAAACAGCAUUAAAUUCCAAUAUCCCUUGCUUGUCAACGCAACUUACAGCAUCACCUCGAAUGAGACGACGAUUGAAUCUUGGAUGAAAAGAGGGCUUGAUUUUGAGGCAACAGGGGGGCUCGGUAUUUCCACUUACACCUUGAAUUCAGGGCCAUCAUACCUACACACAAGUCAGUCUGGCACGGCGCAGUAUAGAUCUGUCACUGGCGGGAGCUCAAGCUCUUGGGGUGACACCAUCAAUGUUAUCAACAGUCAUAUGAAUGGACAACCGUACCAUCGAUCUGUUCAUGCAGUCAAUGGUACCGUUGUAUAUGACACCGAUCCUAAACGCAAAAUCUUUGCUUCUUCUUCUUCUCCGCAAGAUCAUGAGGAUACGGGGAGAGACAGUGUGAGGGCUAUGAUUGGAAAAGGACCUGGUGCUCCUGUAAAUUAG